GGCUUAUCGGGAAUGAAGAGGCCGCCGUCAGCUUAUCUCCCUCGGCCACAUUGCGGCCUGUGUUCCGCUCCCUCAGCGUGGGGAGCGCGCACUGGAUGCAGCGUGGAAUAACUCCACACACACACACACACACACACACACACACACACACACACACUCACACGCACACACACACACACACACACACACACACACACACACACACACACACACACACACACACACACACUGGAAGCAGAAAAAAAAAAAAACGUCAGACAUGGAUGACCCACUCACAAAAUGGCUCCACGUCCACGCUAGCAUCAACACCACUGCGACGGACAUUUUAAGGUGUUUCCCGCAGUUAUGAUGGCUCACGUCGUCACUUAAGUGGUCGCCUUAUUUUGGAGCUAUAUAUAUAUAUACAUAUAUAUAUAUGUAUAUAUAUGCUGGGGUUUCAACAAUUAACAACAUGAUGGAAAAAAGGCAGCCGGACCUUUGUCCUGGAAGUCCAGGUGAAGAAUCCGGACCUGGAAAGGCUGAAGACUCCUCCAUCAUCAUCAUCACCAGACAUGAGGAGGAGGAGGAGGAGGAGGGGAAAGAGGAGGUGAAGAAGAAGAAGGAGGAGGGAGAAGAGAGGGCCGAGGAGACAGAUGACGUCCCCCUGCAGAACCCGACUAACGGGACCGUCAUCAUCAUCAACGGCGUUGCCAAGGAAACUGCCUCUCACGACGACGCCCUUGACCUGAAAAGGGAAGUGCCGGUGAUCGAGCUCUCCAGGGGGGCCGCUAUAAAGGCGUUGGAGCAGAGGACCGAGAGCCAGUCGGUGGCCAUCACGGAACUUCGCAGACCUCCUCCGCCUGCACCGCGCACACACCGAGACGACGCUCGAAUGGUCCAGCUGAGCCCCAACGCGUUCCCAGUCCCGGCCCGGGCCAUGCUCUACAACCUGGCGCAGCCUCUUGCCGCCAUCAACAGUCUCGCAGGGGAGGUCGAGCAGUUCGGCAUGUACCCCAUCAGCAGCAGAGUCAAACGCCGCCCGGCGCCUUACGAGGUUGAACUGGACGAGGCUGGCCAGCCAAAGAUCGUCCGGCGUAUCUUCACAAACAGCCGUGAACGUUGGCGGCAGCAGAAUGUGAACGGCGCCUUUGCAGAGCUUCGUAAACUCAUCCCUACUCACCCUCCCGACAAGAAGCUGAGCAAGAACGAGAUCCUGCGUCUUGCCAUGAAAUACAUCAGCUUCCUCUCCAACCUCCUGGAGGACCAAGACGGCGGGCGCAAUGUUGGCGCCACGACCGAAGGGGAGACCGGGAUCAUGGAGGGGGUCCCCCAGGGUGGACAGCGUCAGGACACAGUGGCAAGGGAUGACAUGCUGGAGACAAUGUCGCCUGGGUCCAGCUGUGGAAGCCUACCCGACGGUGACGCCGAGGGCAGCCCGGAGAGCUUCAUGGAGGAUCAGGACUCGCCUCCAGCUACGAGGACUCUAUCGGCCUCACGGGGCCCUGCACUACACCUUGCUACUCGGGAUCUGAGGCGCAAUGGACGCUCGCUUGACGGCUCUGGUCGGCGAUGAUUCUCAUGCUUCAAAAGCAGAAACGUGCACGCUCCGCUGAAAGUGAAAAGGUGUGCAAAGGUGAGACAACAUGGACCUGACUACCUGCAGUACCUUCCUGUCUCCACACUUCACGCCACUGAUGAAGAGCUUGGGUCAAUCAUGGCGGAAUUUGGUCCAAAACCACUUGUAAAUUCUGCAUGCCUUGAUGAUGAAAUGACAGGGAAAGGAGCUAGGAUCCUAUGUCUCGAUACAAAGUGUGUAAAAAAAACUAACAAAAACAACGUGCAAUGAAAGUAAAACCAAACAAUAAUGACACAAUAAUGUACUAAGUAAAGCAAGAUUUAUUGCACCAUUGACCACUGUUUAGUCCAUGUCCACACCAACACUUCAAAAACGCAUACUUACCUCUGCGUUUACUCCUCUUGUCCACACGCAAACGCAGACCUCUGUCCUUAAAAACGCAGACUUUUGCCAACGCUGGCCAAAGUUGAGAGUUCCACUCUCUGCAAAUUUGAGACUUGCACUCCUCUGAUGACAUCAUGGUCGUACGCGUUCAUUUUCAAACUCAACAACACUGCCUUACUGCCUUUAAACACACUACAAGAGGACUUAGCGUCUGUUUGAACGUAAACAUGCUGCUAUUUUCACUCAACUCGAAUAUAUUUAAAAAAAAAUGGCGUUCGCGACACUCCCACGAGCGCUAAUGACAGUCAGCUGUUUUGGAUACGAUCGCUGUCGGACCUCCACAUGAUGGGACAACUUUGAUUUUUUGUUCCCAGGACUGUGAAGUGCAGGCUGGUUUUAAAGAUAAUGUCAUUGUACAUCUAGUAUAUCAUAAUAAAGGUUAUGAUAAUAUACUGUAGGUGUAAUGCUACCAAGUCAGCUCGUGCUGCUUUUUUCCAGGCUUCUGACUGCAGGGGGUAUGCGUUAGUGUGGAGACAUGAGCCGGAUUUGCAUAUUGUAGUUCUAGGGACACAGUUCUAGGAACUACCACACUCUAGUUUAGUUAUAGGAACCAGCCUCCCCCAUAGGGACUUUUCCUCUUCACGCUGGCACAUGGCUGGGGACCUUAGUAAAAAACAUGUGUGACACAUAUUUGCCUGCGACCGUGACCUAAUACUUCAUAUAUAAAAGCUGGCGAGGUGAAUCAGACCACUUUUUUAGAACAUUUCUUAGAUCUAUACCCAGGCAAAGUCUUCUGUACUGUUUACUCACCUUCAAGCUUCUGUCAUCACUCCAAAGUGUGGAACCAUUGACUUGUCUUUCUGUUCAACCCACUCUGGUUGUUAUGGUCCUGGAUUUUUUUAUAGUCCUGUUUGAGUUUCUUCAUCUUUUCCCUGCACUGCUUUGCGGUAUGGAAAAUGCCUGACAUUUCUAACUGAGCGCUUAAUGUACCGAAUAUUUUAAUGUUCCGCUGCGAGCCUUCAAACCCCCGCUGAAUCUCCUCUGUGGAGUAGUUGGCAAGCAGAGCUUUGACCUACUCGUCAGUCCAUCUUUUGCGGGCUGUGUCCAUUUUUCACUCCGCUGUUUAAAAAAUGGCGGGGUCUGUGUUGUGGCUAGCAGAAGGGGGGUAGUUCGUCAGUUCAACCAAUCACCAAACACCUCCGUAUUUGAGUUUCUAUGGGACUCCGUUUGGACUCUGCCUCAGAGUAGGAACUCAAAUGGUUGUAGGAUCUGAGGGCCGUAGUCUCUAGUACCCGUAUGUCGGAACAAUACGAAAAAUAGCCCGGGGACAGGAAAGGUUAUAGGAACUCCAAAAAACAAAAUGACUAAGAACAGUUUUGAAACCACAAUUGUGUGGAUGGAGAUGGUUUUAGCCUUGCAAAUGUGUUUUUGAACCUCUGCGUGUUGGUGUGGACAUGGGCUCAGUGAUGAUGGGUUACAACGAGGUAUGGUCAAUUAUUCAAAGGGGUCAAGUGAAACAGCCUAAAAAUGUAAAACAAGCGGUUCUCAAAUGGAUUUAGUAGGAUUUUACACAAGUGGUUGUGCAUGUAGCGUGAUGCUAAUGUUAACAUUUAAUGGGAUGUCCUCACUAGAACAGACUCACUGUCGUACUUCUGCAGUGACGUAAUGUACAUAGUUUAUAUUUCCUCAGAACAAUGUCGUGUGGUUUAGAGUGUACCUUAGUGUGUGUGUGUGUGUGUGUGUGUGUGUGUGUGUGUGUGUGUGUGUGUGUGUGUGUGUGUGCGUGUGUGUGUGUGUGUGUGUGUGUGUGUUUAACGGGUUUACACGCAGAGCGGAGUCGGGGUUGAAAAGCGACGGACAGCCGAGUGUUGUACGUCAAAAGGUCGGUACCAUUUACUCCUGCUACACAGGAGCCGAUGAUUUUACUGGGUGAAGGUAUUUGCUUGGGGAGGUACAAGAACAUUGUCCAAGUGUACAAAGGUAAUUUUGACAUCAUUGUCUGUUCCUUUUGACGGUAAUGCAUAUGUAGUUUAGUAAGGUACACAAAUUCAUCCCUUCAUUGCCAGCAACGCAGACGCACAGUGUUAAUAUCAUAACACCAGCAGCAUUUAAAUAUCACUCACUGUUUUGUUUGUUCAACAUUUUUCCCAGCAGGACUUAGUAACCUACAAACCAUAUGAGUUGGAAAUUGUGUUAGAUGUAAAUAUAAACGGAAUACAAUGAUUUCCAAAUCAUUUUAAACCCAUAUUCAGUUGAAUAUGAUACAAAGACAAAAUAUUUGAUGUUCAAACUGAUGAACAUUUUUUUUGUGUGCAAAUAAUCAUUAACUUUAGAAUUUGAUGCCAACAACACGUUACAAAUAAUUUGGGAAAGGUGGCAAUAAAUACUGAUAAAGUUGAGGAAUAAUAAUCAAACUCUUAUAUGGAACAUCCCACAGGUGUGAAGGCUAAUUGGGCACAGGUGGGUGCCAUGAUUGGGUAUACAAGCAGCUUCCAUGAAAUGCUAAGUAAUUCACAAACAAGGAUGGGUUGAGGGUCACCACUUUGUAAGCAAAUUGUCGAACAGUUUUAGAAAAACAUUUCUUAACGAGCUAUUGCAAGGAAUUUGGGGAUUUUACCGACUACAGUCUGUAAAAUCAUCAAAAAGUUCAGAGAAUCUGUUGAAAUCACUGCACGCAACGAUGAUAUUACGGACUUUUGAUCCCUCAGGCGAUACUGCAUCAAAAACCGACAUCAGAAUGUAAAGGACAUCACCACAUGGGCUCAGGAACACUUCAUAAAACCACUGUCAGUAAAUACAGUUGGUCGCUCCAUCUGUAAGUGCAAGUUAAAGCUCUACUAUGCAAAGCCAAACCCGUUUAUCAACAAUAUCCUGAAACGCCGCCGGCUUGGCUUGUCCCGAGCUCACCUAAAAUGGACUGAUGCAAAGUGGAAAAUUGUUCUGUGGUCUGACAAGUCCACAUUUCAAAUUAUAUUUGGAAACAGAGGACGUGGUGUCCUCCAAAAUAAAGAGGAAAAUAACCAUUCGGAUUGUUAUAGGCGCAAAGUUCAAAAGCCAGGGUCCAAGGCAUGGGUAACUUACACAUCUGUGAAGCCACCAUUAAUGCUGAAUGGUCCAUAAAGGUUUUGGAGCAACAUAUGUUGUCAUUCAAGCAACGUUAUCAUGGACGCCCAUGCUUAUUUCAGCAAGACAAGAGUUACAACAGCGUGGCUUCGAAAAAAAAGAGUGCCGGUACUUUCCUGGCCCACCUGCAGUCCAGACCUGUCUCCCAUCGAAAAUGUGUCGCACAUUAUGAAGCGUAAAAUACGACAGCGGAGACCCCGGACUGUUGAAUGACUGAAGCUCUAUAUAAAACAAGAAUGGGAGAGAAUUCCACUUUCAAAGCUUGAACAAUUGGUUUUCUCAGUUCCCAAACGUUUAUUGAGUGUUGUUAAAAGAAAAGUUGAUGUAACACAGUGGUGAACAUAUCCUUUCCCAACUAUUUUGGCACGUGUUGCAGCCAUGAAAUUCUAAGUUAAUUAUUUGCAAAAAAAAAAUAAAGUUUAUGAGUUUGAACAUGAAAUAUCUUGUCUUUGUAGUGCAUUCAACUGAAUAUGGGUUAAAAAGGAUUUGCAAAUCAUUGUAUUCCAUUUAUAUUUACAUCAAACACAAUUCCAAACUCAUAUGGAAACGGGGUUUGUAUAUUGAUUGGUACAUUGGGUGACUACGGUCAUUGCGGUAAAAGGGACAUUGUACAUUUGGCAAUGACAUAUUUGUUGUAUGAUAGAUGUAUCUAUAAAUAUAUCCAAUGUUAAAUCCAUGGAUUUUAUACAAAACCCUCUGAAUAAAAGAUGCUUCCUGA